CACGGAAGUGCAUGCGGUCCUCUGGAAAGGUGGAGACAUGGUGUACUCUUUCCUUAUUCACACAGUGUGUUCGGUGAACGCACUGUCAGCUGGGGGUUCUCGCGUGCUCUACUCCCGGGUGUUUGGACCGGAGGACAACUCGGAGACUGACCCGGAGAGGAGACGCCUCCUUCAGAAGGAGAGACAUCUAGCUUUGGCUCGGCGUGUGCGGACGGCGAUAUCUCUGCAUCGGGACGCGGCGGGCAGCCCGUGUGUGGAGUGCGUUCUGGGAGAGGAGGCGGUGGCCCUGGGCGAGGCCGACUUUGGAGUGCUGCGUCUCACCGCCGGCGAGCCGUUCCCCGCCGAACACACGGCGCUGUGGCUCGGUGUGCAGAACCUGGCCUUCACCAUGGUGUGCGAGAUGCACGAGAACUUACUGCUGGCCGAAGGAACCCUGCGGAACCUCGCCCGGCACUGUAUGGAGGAGCUGAGGCUGUUGGGACACGGUAGCGAGAUCCUGUUAAAACGUGACCGCAUAGAUGCCAUGCUUCAGCGCUACCUCCCCCAUGGCCAGCUCCUAUUCCUCAACCACAGGUUCACCCACCUCCUCGACAAGGAGCUCAGUGCCUAUGGCAACAAAUGAGGCCCUGGCCAAGACUUACAAACUGGUACACGUACGGUAUGUGAGACACACACAGACUCCUCCAUACAGAGACCAGGUUUAAAAACCCUUAACUGAGCCAGCCAGGGCAGGAUUCGCUUCAGCAACACACUUCAAGGUGGCUUUGUGAGACACUGCGACGGUCGCUACACGUGUUAACAGUGACCACACCACUGUGACUGGCUGCGCUUUGUGUACCAGCAGCAGUGUCUGUCUAACAGCCUUGGAUUUCACGGGGUGCUGAAUUGAGGCACAUCAUGGAUUUCCACAGCUGACCACAAGGGGGUGCUGACUACACAGCAUUGGCAGAGCCGUAUACGGCUCUGAGCAUUGGGCUUGCUGCUGUCACACACACACACACACACACACACACACACACACACACACACACACACACACACACACACACACACACACACACACACACACACAGAGGGAGAGAGCCGGUGGGCUACACAGGACAGUCUCGGCGUGAGGCUGUUUGUCUAAGUUCUCCAUUUUGUCACCCUUAUGGUGCACUGCACUCGGUCACAUCAUCUGCCCGAGAUGAAUGACUCCUGGGCCUGAUUGUGAAACGAGCGGCUAAUAAUAAAAUCUUUGAAUAGUGAAA